AUGGAGCGAAGCUGCCAGACUCGGAGCUCUUUGACCUCCAGGAGCGAGCCGUUGCUCCGCCAACCGCACAAGCUGCCGGUGCUUGCGGACAAAGCAACAUCCUGGUUCGACGCCUCUGGCUGGCACCACAUCUCCUUCCCGACGCCAUAUGCACGAGAUGUGCGGACGCGGCACAAGGUGCUGCCGAGGUUGUUGGCGAAACUGGUUGGCCCCUUGGCUUGGGAUGAGGCUCCCCGUACGCCUCGUGCCUUUCGGGAAGCCACCCUGGACUUCAGCGAGCGCUUGAGCCAGCCCAAGCAGACCAAGCAGAUGACAAAAGCAAUGAACACGCUCAGCGAGCGGCGGCGAAGUGCCCCCACGCAAAUCCUCUCAAAGGCCCAGUCGGCGCAGUCCCUGGCCCUGACGACGGUCCAUCUGGAGGAGAGGCCGAGCACAUCCCCAGCGAGCUUGGUGAAGCCUAGUUCCGCGCAUUCUCCGGGCCGCGUUGUGUCCAUGGAGCGCCUCAAGGCCCUGGCAGAGCCCCGCCGACGCAGGAGCAAGUUCAUACGCCCGAUCUCGAACUUCGUGAAGUUUAAGGAGGCGGCCAACUCGGAGCCCAACUUGGGUCCCGAAUCCGAAAAAGCCAGGCCUCGACAAAGCUCAGCGCGGCGAGGCGUGCCAAGCACGCAAAGCAGCCAAAGCGCCAAGCCUGCCAGCCAGCCCACCGAGCACAAAGAUGACACGGACCGGCUCACUGGGCAAAGUCAGGCAGAGGCUUCCUGUCUGCACUCUUUUCCGUUCCUGCUUAGGCCGCUAGGUCCGCUAGGUGCAGGGGAUACAGGGGCACAGUCUGACUAUUCUGCACUUCUCAUCGUGUCCCCAAGGCCCAUGGGAGCAGCGUGCCGCGCACUUGGCGAGAUGUGUUGA